AUGGAGUCCGAUUACGGACUCAGCCCCUAUGGCGUCAGAUGCCGCAGCCUGGGAGUCGGCCCUGACUGGGAAGAAUUGCCGGAUGUGAAGCCUAACGUGGCCUCGCUGAUGAUUGGGAUGGGAGAAGACGAGGGUCCACGGUCCGAACCUGAGGACGGAGCAGGAGCAGAAGACAACCCUGGCACCGAGGGGUCCGGCCACGAGCCCGAGCAACAGCAAGUGGAAGAGGGGUCCGGCCAGGAGCCCGAGCAACAGCAGGUGGAAGAGGGGUCCGGCCAGGAGCCCGAGCAACAGCAGGUGGAAGAGGGGUCCGGCCAGGAGCCCGAGGAACAGCAGGUGGAGCCGGAUCCCCCGGCGGCGGCGGCGGCGGCGGCGGCGGCGGCGGAGGGGACACAGCCCCGGCAGAGGAAGCGGCGUCACUCCCGCACCGCGUUCACCCAGGUGCAGCAGCUGGAGCUGGAGAAUUUUUUCCGUAACGUUCAAUACCCCGACGUGACUGCACGGGAGCAGCUUGCAGGACGCCUGGAUUUGACUGAAGCCAAAGUGCAGGUUUGGUUUCAGAACAGAAGGGCCAAGUGGAGACGUCAUCAGAGGGCACAAAUGUUGAGGGAUAUGGCCCCUGUUGCCGUGGGCCCCCCUGUGGAGAUGAUCAUGAAUGGGCCCUAUAAUCCCAUCCCUGUUCUGGAGCCUGCUUGGAGAUAUGUUCCUCUGAUGCAAAGGCCACUUGGGCCACCUGUGCUACCUGGGCCACCUGGGCCACCUAUGCCACCUGGGCCACCCAUGAUACCUGGGCCACCUAUGCCACCUGGGCCACCCAUGAGGCCUGGGCCACCCAUGAUGCCUAGGCCACCCAUGGUACCUGGGCCACCCAUGAUGCCUGGGCCACCCAUGUUCACCAAGUACCCGUGGCAGGUUUAUACUGACCGGCACAUUUCUUCUUCCACAUCAACCCCCCCAAUCCCCAACCCCACCCUGCCCCUUGGGAGCACAUACAUGCAUGUGCGGGAUGGGAAAGGGUUUCUAAAUGCUUUAAGUCUUCUUGGAGGUACAGCGUCUGUGUCUGUACAAAUAAGGGCUCCAGGAUCCUAUCCGGCCUUGCCACCCAGACUCGCAAAGCCAGACGGCAUCCAGCAUGCAAAUCGCACAGUUACCUCUGCCAUCGAGUCUGACCCAGACAACAUUUUUUCCAUCUCGGGCUUCCUGGAAGAAGCAACAAGGUGA